UUCCCACCAAGUUUUUCUAUUAUUUGGUAAGAAUGUUAAGAAGCAAAACCCUUGUGUGGAUCAAACGUCUGAACAUGCACUCCAACUCCAAAGGUGGAGAACAAUUUGUCGAAGAGAAUAGAAUAGAUAACCAACAAUUUUUUGUAAUCAGCAACCCCACACCACAUGGUGGAUUCAUUUGUACUAAUUCUUUAAGGCAAGGAGCAAUAUGAAAGCUCAAAUCCUUUUUGGGAGUGGGAGGUGUGAGGUGGGUCUUGCAGAGUUUCUGUGAUCAUGCUUACCAUAUUUUCCUUCACUUGUUUUCAUCAAUUCUGGCCUCAACGCACCACUACACUCGAAACCCACCUCCCAAAACAAUCAAAAACUAUUUCCAAAAGUGAAAAACCAAAACUUGAUGUUGUUAUUGUUGCUGCCACUCAUGAGGCUUUUCCCUUUCCUUUUCCUCCUCCUUGUUCUCUUGUUCAAUUAUGGCUUUUCUGAGUCUGGUGUUGGUGCUGGCUACCAACUCAUGGUGGCAGUUCCUGUGGAGUAUGAAGUGAAUUUUAAAGGGAGGGCUUUUCUUGUGGAGACCAAUCAGACUGCACCAAAUUUCAGAGUGGCAUUGAGCAUUGAGGCCAUCAAUGGGAAAUACUCAUGCUCAUUGGAAGUUUUCCUUGGGGAUGUGAAGGUGUGGGAUUCUGGCCAUUACUCCAGGUUUUACAUAACUGAGAAAUGCUUGCUAGAACUUACCAUGGAUGGAGAUUUAAGGCUGAAAGGUCCAAAAGAAAGAGUGGGAUGGAAGACUGGGACUUCUGGACAAGGUGUGAAGGUAAAAACUGACACUUUACAUUCCAAUAGUAUGGUAUUUUGUGAUUGAAUAAUAAUAGUGUAAAAAUCCUUUCUACUGUCAAUGCAUAUACUUAGGGGUCAGCAACUUGAUGUGGCAACUCGCUUGACGUCUUCCCAAAGCAACUCAAGUUUGUUCUACUUCUCUUUUGAAAUCGAGGACAAGAAGGUUGCAUUGUACUUGAACUAUGGUAAGUUGAGGUAUUCUUACUGGGGUUUUCAGCCUACCAUGAACAGAAGUAUUACAUAUAUUAAGCUGAGUUCAAGAGGGUUGUUGUUGUUUGAUGUCAAAUACAAGAAAAUAGCACAAAUUCCAUCGGAGGGGAUUCAUCCACUUAGAUUUCUAGCACUGAAUAAUGAAACAGGAAACCUUGGCCUUUAUCACUAUUCACCCGAGAAAGGAAAGUUUGAGGCCUCUUUUCAAGCUCUUAACAGCACAUGUGAUCUUCCAAUUUCUUGUAGGCCUUAUGGGAUAUGCACAUUCUCCAAUUCUUGUUCAUGUAUUCAGCUUUUGGCAAAUGAAAACAAAGGUGGUGCUGAUUGCAGUGGAGGAAUCACAGGAGGGUUUUGCAAUGGUAAAGAGGCGGAAAUGCUAGAAAUAGAUAAUAUAAGUAGUGUGCUUAAAAAUGUUACUAGGGUGGUAAAUAUUAGCAAAAAAACAUGUGAGAGUUUGUGCUUACAGGACUGUAAAUGUGCUGCUGCUUUGUAUUUUGGGAAUGCAAGCACAGAUGAGGCAGAAUGUUACCUUUACAGACUAGUGCUGGGUCUCAAACAGGUAGAAAAAGGCACAGGAUUUAGUUACAUGGUUAAGGUCCCAAAGGGAACUGUUAAAAGCCAUGAGAGGCAUAAUGUUAAAAGAUGGGUGUUGAUUGUGGCUGGAGGGGUUGAUGGACUCAUUGUUCUACUUCUUGUUGGAGGAUUUGGAUAUUGGUUGGUUAAAAGGAGAAGUUAUAACUUACAUUCUCGGGCCGGCACUACAUGAGCUGUUUAGGAAAAAGCCUGGGCCAGGUUUAACUUCUGAGUUCAUAUCUGAAAAAAAAAAUAUAGAAAUCAUUCAUUGAAACAUGUAAUCACAAUUUUUGCUGAUUUCAGGAGAAUCAUCAUAGAUCAUUCAAGUAGAUUGAAUUUUUUUAUGAGGAGGACAAAAUGCUGCACAUUUGCAGCAUAAAGAAAAUUUGUUUUUCAAUGAUGCUAAUAAAAAUGUGAACUUUUGAAACCUCAAUUUCCAAAGUUCAACGUAAACAUGUUUGGUUUCUUCUUGAAUGAUGACAGUGGAUUUUCUGACUGUGCAUCAUUUAAUUAUCUUGUGGUUAUUAAACUCAGUAAUUAAUUUCAUCUACAAAAGAUAAUAAUAGUACUACGCAAUCAAAGAUCAUAGAGAAUAGUAUUAAGCACAGGCAUCUGUUAGGUUGAGAAUUGAGAUAUGAGAAAAUCUCCCUUGUUUGUUUUUCAUCUCAAAUUGGAAGUUAAUGAUUUGGACCCAUUCUGUUCUUUCAUAUAUUGGAAAGGACUGAAUUCUGAUUUUUUUUAUUUUUUAUUUACUGAAAAGGUAAUUCUCUCAGUGUUGCUUCAUAGGAAAGCAAAACAUGUAUUAUUAAAGCCACUAAUCUUUUAAACAGGAAUGCACUCGUCUUGCUCAUUAAUGUCUCAUUGAUAUGGUACUAACGAUUUUAGUAAAAGUUUGAUAUUUUUGAAUUUCAAUUAAUUACAUGUACCGUGGGAUUUAUUAAAUAGUUACUUCUAAAGGUGCCCCUUGCAAGGUUGUUCUAAAUUUCCAUAGGGGUAUCUCAUAAAAGUCAUGAGGUGGGUCAAAUGUCUUGCAA